CGACGGCGACGACGACGACGACAAGAUGGAGACGCACAUCUCGUGCCUGUUCCCCGAGCUGCUGGCCAUGAUCUUCGGCUACCUGGAGGUGCGGGACAAGGGCCGGGCGGCGCAGGUGUGCUCGGCGUGGCGGGACGCGGCCUACCACCGCUCGGUGUGGCGCGGCGUGGAGGCCAAGCUGCACCUGCGGCGGGCCAACCCGUCGCUGUUCCCCAGCCUGCAGGCCCGGGGCAUCCGGCGGGUGCAGAUCCUCAGCCUGCGCCGCAGCCUGAGCUACGUGGUGCAGGGCAUGGCGGCGGAGCUGGAGAGCCUCAACCUGAGCGGCUGCUACAACCUGACGGACAACGGGCUGGGCCACGCCUUCGUGCAGGAGCUGGGCUCGCUGCGGGCCCUGGACCUGAGCCUGUGCAAGCAGAUCACCGACAGCAGCCUGGGCCGCAUCGCCCAGUACCUCAAGGGGCUGCAGGUGCUGGAGCUGGGCGGCUGCAGCAACGUCACCAACACGGGCCUGCUGCUCAUCGCCUGGGGCCUGCGGGGCCUCAAGAGCCUCAACCUGCGCAGCUGCCGCCACCUGUCCGACGUGGGCAUCGGGCACCUGGCCGGCAUGACCCGCAGCGCCGCCGAGGGCUGCCUGGGCCUCGAGCGGCUCACCCUGCAGGACUGCCAGAAGCUCACCGACCUGUCCCUCAAGCACAUCGCCCGCGGCCUGGCCGGCCUGCGCCAGCUCAACCUCAGCUUCUGCGGGGGCAUCUCCGACGCGGGCCUGCUCCACCUGGCCCGCAUGGGCAGCCUGCGCGGCCUCAACCUGCGCUCCUGCGACAACGUCAGCGACGCGGGCGUCAUGCACCUGGCCACCGGCGGCCUGCGCCUCUCCGGCCUGGACCUCUCCUUCUGCGACAAGGUGGGCGACCAGAGCCUGGCCUACGUCGCCCAGGGCCUCGACGGGCUCGAGUCCCUCUCGCUCUGCUCCUGCCGCAUCAGCGACGACGGCCUCAACCGCAUGGUGCGGCAGAUGCACCGGCUGCGCACCCUCAACAUCGGCCAGUGCGCCCGCGUCACCGACCGGGGCCUGGAGCUCAUCGCCGACCACCUCGCCCAGCUCACGGGCAUCGACCUCUACGGCUGCACCCGCAUCACCAAGCGAGGCCUGGAGCGCAUCACCCAGCUCCCCUGCCUCAAGGUGCUCAACCUGGGACUCUGGCAGAUGACCGAGAGCGAGAAGGUCAGGUGAGGGGGGGACCCCGGGGACGGGGGCCCGGGCCGCGCCUCCCCCGGCGCCCCCCUCCUCCCCCGGGGACCGCCUUCCGACCCACCCGCCGGCCCCUCCCAGUCGCGCCCUUCCUCCGGGCCGGCGACGCCUGCCCACGCGGGCGCACGCGCGCACGUGGCGAGGGCCGAAGGUGUGAAGGCCGGCCCAAGGUGUGAACCCCGUCCGCCCGGCCUCCCCGCCACCCUCGAGGAGAGGGCGAGAGGAGAGAGAGAAGGCACCCGCUCCCCCUUCCGCCCUCCGGAGAUGCUUUCGGGCGAAUACUGUGACCCGCCUCUCACGCGGAAAGAUCUGCCAACGCCAUCCCCCCCCCCCCCCCCAGCCUCGCCCACCCUCCCUCCUCCUCUCUGACAGCCGCCUGGUCUCCCCGCUCUCUUCCUUAUUCCGAUUUGAAGCAAUUCAAAAAAAGAAAAAGAUCGCCGUUCUUGUGGAGUUUUUAUCGGUUUUUUUUUUCUGCUGAAUAUAUUCUAUAUAUUAU